AUGUCGACAGCAGGUGGGGGAAGCCUCUCUGCAGAAGACGCACGUGAUAUUUACCUCGCCAAGGCAGACGACCUUCAGCUUGCGCCGUCUGCGGCGCGUGAGGCGCGGUUCACGGCCGUCCUCCGCAAGCGAUGUGCCAACGGCGUCUUCUCCUUGGCCAACUCGGGUCUGGGCAUGAACGGAGCUGCGGCGGUGGCUGCUGCGCUGCUGUACGACAGCCAGUUUUAUCGACUUGACUUGUCGGGCAACAUUGUUCAGGAUGACGGCGCAAAGGCUCUGGCCGAGAUGCUGAGGUCGAACACCGGUCUGGUGGUCGUUGAUCUGAGGUCCAACGACAUCGGUCCGGCCGGCGGCGUGGCCAUCUUUGACGCUCUGCUGCACAACGCCACCGUGACCACGCUCGACUUGUCCGGCGUCUCGGGUGUGAACCGGAACCACAUCGGCAUCAAGGGCGCACGCAUGGCUGGCCAGACGCUGCGGUCGAACCGGGUCCUUCAUCGCAUCUCGCUGCGGGAGAACGGGCUCGGGCCCGAAGGUGUCGCCGCCCUGGCCGACGGCCUGGCGCUCAACUCGUCGCUGGCGCAGCUUGAGCUCGGCUCGAACAACAUCGGCAAGGACGGCGCGAGUGCGCUGUCGGCCACGCUCCGCGACGGCGACUCGGUCCUCUCGCUCCUGCAUCUCGAGCGGAACGACAUCGGCGAUACCGGCGCGGUGGCGCUCGCCGACUACAUCUCGGUCUCGUACAACAUCACUGACCUAGACCUUUCGUCGAACAACAUCGGCGAGUAUGGCGGACGGGCGCUGGGCGAGGCUGUGGAGAACAACGGCUCGCUCACCGCGCUCAACCUCGAGCACAACCGGCUCGGGGCGGCAGGCGCGACCAAGAUCGCCCAGGCCGCGCAGCGCAACGCCAAGCUCCGCUCGCUGCUGUUGGCUGACAACAGCAUCGGACCUGAGGCCGCGCACGCACUUGGCGAUCUCAUCCGGCGCAACACAACCAUGACCAAGCUCACGCUCUCGCACAACCAGCUCGCCGACGACGGCGCGCGGGCGCUGGCGACCGCGCUCAAGACCAAUACCUCGCUCGUCCACCUCGACGUCGGCUACAACUCAAUCACUGAUCCUGGUGGCAAGGCAUUUGCUGCCGCCAUCCGCAACAACACCCGCCUGCAGUUCCUUUCGCUCAAGUGCAACUUUCUCUACGACCCCGCGGGCGAGGAGUUGGCGCGAGCCGUCAAGUUCAACUCGGCUCUUCUCACCUUUGACGUCAACCUCAACGACUUUGACUACAAGUCGUUUGCCGAGAUCCGCCGCGCGCUUGAGGAGAACCGGGCCCGCUACAAGGCGCACACCGUCGACCGCUUCACCUCGCGCAUCCACGCCCUCCAGUCGGAGGAGGAGCGGCUGUGGGACACGCUCGAAGAGCUGGCCGACGAGGGCAAGGCCCGAGAUGCCGCCGCCUCGGACGUGGCCCUCCUUCGCACUCAGUACGACCGCAUGCAGGCUGCUCAGGAGGCGCACAUCGCAGACCUCGAGCUCGCUGUCCGCAACAAGGUUGCCGAGCGCGAGGCCGCCGAGCUCGACGUCCGCACCAAGACCUCGGCUAUCAACCAGAAGAAGCUGGAGAAGGACACCCGGUACCGCAACAUCACGUCGCGGCUCGUGCGCGAAAAGGACGCGUGCGUCAAGCUCGACAAGAAGAUCAACAAGUGCCGCCGCGAGCUCGACGCCAUCGCUGCCGACUCUGAGGAGCAGCUCGAAGAGUGGCGCGCCGUCCUUGCCCAGGAGCAGGCCGAGCUCCGCCUUGCUGUCAAGGAGCAGCAGUACCAGGAGCAGCUACUUGCCACCCUCACCGACUCGGGCCCAGCCGCCGCCGCCGUCGCCGCCGCCGCCGACGCUGCCGGUCCGCGCCCCAAGAAGAAGCGUCGGACAAAGGCCAAGCGCUCUGCUGCCGGUGGCAAGCCCAAGACCAGGUCCAAGACCAAGCGCAGCUCGGCGGGCGGCAAGCCCAAACCCAAGCGCAGCCCGGGGAGCAAGGCGGGGAGCAAGGCAGGGAAGGCCGGGACCAAGGGGUCGAAGCGCCGUCGCCGCCGCAAGGGCGCGGCAGCCGCGGACACUCCUCCUACGGCUAAUGUCGAUACCGACGCCGCCAAAGCCGCCGCUCCAUCUCGUGCCACCGACGCCGACGCCGCCGACGGUCAGCCAGAGCCGGCGCCACCCGCAGUCACCGUCUCGUCGACCAUUGAUUGA